UUUGUAUUCAGAGAGCCAAAAAAAGGCUUACAAUUUUGUCGUUAUGUGGAUUAGCCUUCAAUUUGUUGUAACCGUCAUGUAUCAAGGAACAUAAAACUAUUAGAAUUAUUAUUCUAAUAUAAAGUAAUUCAUUUCACUCACACUUUAUUACCAUAAAACAUUUAUUUUGCGCCUAUAAAGGCAUUUCAGCUCCACCGUAGGAAACUUUCUCUUGAAAGAAACCCACAGCAACAAACAGAGAAAAUGUGUGGCGGUGCUAUUAUUUCCGAUUAUGCCCCUCUCGUCACCAAGGCCAAGGGCCGUAAACUCACGGCUGAGGAACUCUGGUCAGAGCUCGAUGCUUCCGCCGCCGACGACUUCUGGGGUUUCUAUUCCACCUCCAAACUCCAUCCCACCAACCAAGUUAACGUGAAAGAGGAGGCAGUGAAGAAGGAGCAGGCAACAGAGCCGGGGAAACGGAGGAAGAGGAAGAAUGUUUAUAGAGGGAUACGUAAGCGUCCAUGGGGAAAAUGGGCGGCUGAGAUUCGAGAUCCACGAAAAGGUGUUAGAGUUUGGCUUGGUACGUUCAACACGGCGGAGGAAGCUGCCAUGGCUUAUGAUGUUGCGGCCAAGCAGAUCCGUGGUGAUAAAGCCAAGCUCAACUUCCCAGAUCUGCACCAUCCUCCUCCUCCUAAUUAUACUCCUCCGCCGUCAUCGCCACGAUCAACCGAUCAGCCUCCGGCGAAGAAGGUCUGCGUUGUCUCUCAGAGUGAGAGCGAGUUAAGUCAGCCGAGUUUCCCGGUGGAGUGUAUAGGAUUUGGAAAUGGGGACGAGUUUCAGAACCUGAGUUACGGAUUUGAGCCGGAUUAUGAUCUGAAACAGCAGAUAUCGAGCUUGGAAUCGUUCCUUGAGCUGGACGGUAACACGGCGGAGCAACCGAGUCAGCUUGAUGAGUCCGUUUCCGAGGUGGAUAUGUGGAUGCUUGAUGAUGUCAUUGCGUCGUAUGAGUAAAAGAAAAAAAAUAAGUUUAAAAAAAGUUAAAUAAAGUCUGUAAUAUAUAUGUAACCGCCGUUACUUUUAAAAGGUUUUUACCGUCGCAUUGGACUGCUGAUGAUGUCUGUUGUGUAAUGUGUAGAAUGUGACCAAAUGGACGUUAUAUUACGGUUUGUGGUAUUAUUAGUUUCUUAGAUGGAAAAACUUACAUGUGUAAAUAAGAUUUGUAAUGUAAGACGAAGUACUUAUAACUUCUUAACUGUUUUGUGGUAGUCCUGAUUCCUGAAACUAAUGGGAAUUAGUUUGUAUAUCAAACAGGGGUUCCUAACUUGUU